AUGAUUUGGGAUUUCAUCAUCGUUGGAGGGGGCCUUGCUGGCUCUGUUAUCUCCAACAGACUGCAUGGUACCUUGCCUCAAGCUAACAUCUUAGUGGUCGAGGCAGGCUUGAAUGCAAAUAAUGAUCAAAGCAUUCUGUACCCCAAUGGGACUGGGUCUCUCUCUCCCUAUAUCUGGUACAUUGAAACUCCACCGCAGCCGUUUCUAAACGGCCGUAAACUUGGCAUGGGCCAAGGGACUGGCCUUGGUGGAGGCACCGUUGUGAAUGGUGCUAUCUGGACUCGCGGUGACCACGAGGAUUACGACAUCUGGGGCGAGACAGUUGGAGAUGACCGAUGGAGCUAUGAGGGCCUGCUUCCUUACAUGAAAGCUUCUGAACAGUUUCGUUCGCCUGACCGAAACCCUGGCCAGCAUGGCUUCAAUGGCCCUGUGCAUGCCCAAACCGUUACAUCAACAGGUCGCAAAUACCCUCUUCGCGAGCCUGUACUGGGGUCAUGGCAGGAAAUUGGUUACACUCCUGCCCCUAACUUUGAUGGAAACAGCGGGAGCCCUAUCGGCAUUGCCGACGUUUGUGAAAACAGAAAUGACGGCAGACGGCAGAUUGCCUCAGUGGUCUAUCCUCUUGAUGGCAUCACAGUUCUCACGGAGACCUUUGUGCAGAAUAUCCUGAUCAAUGGAACUGGCGAUCUCGUUGUUGCUGAGGGUAUCAAACUUUCCAACGGCACCGACAUCAAAGCAAAGCAUGUCGUACUCUCUGCUGGGGCACUGCGCACUCCUCAGCUUCUGAUGCUUUCAGGUGUUGGUCCCCAGGAUGAACUUCAGAAGUACAACAUUCCAGUCAAGGUGCUCUCUCCCGACGUUGGGAAGAACUUGAUUGACCACUCUAUCAUCGACACCAACUGGAAGAUCAAGAAUCCAUCUCAGGGAUGGGCUCCAGGCUCAAACAACCCUCUUUUUCAGCAGCCUGAGUUCUCUCUUGGACAGGCUCAAGACUUCAUGGUAUGCGAUACAGUCCCCCGCGUGGGUCUCAUUGCUGCUAUCGCCGCCGACGAGGGUGCUGAGCCCGACGAAUCUUCUCACCCUCUUCUGAGGAAAGACGACCGGACGUUCCUUGAGCUGAACUUGAAGUAUGGAUACUCCAAGGAUGGUAGUAGCCUCAACUUCCAGUCCUACAUGAUGCUCAGUCAAACACGUGGCACCGUAACUCUUGGAUCCACUAACGCGAAGGACUUCCCGAUUGUUGACCCUAAGUACUUCAGCACCGAGGUCGAGAGAUAUGUUCACCGUCAGGGUCUACGUGCGAUUUUUCGUCUCGCGGGGACUGAUAACACCACUCUGGGCCGUGAUAUUCUUGCAGGGGAGGUUGUACCGGCAUCUCAAGUUCCUCUUCGGGGGGAUAUCACCGACGCCGAGCUUGAUCAGAGACUCAAGGCUGGAAUUCGGGCUGGUCUUCAUUUUCUGGGUACAGCCUCUAUGGGUAAGGUCGUCGACACCAACCUGAAGGUAAAUGGUGUCAAGGGACUCUUUGUUGCUGAUGCGUCUAUUGUCCCUGUUCCCAUUGCCGCUCAUACUCAGGUCGUCGUCUAUGCUCUUGCCGAGCAGGCAGCUGAAAUCAUUGCUGAACAAGUUGUGAACAGCGAUGAUGGUGAUGAUGACAACGAUGAUGAUAAUGGCAUUGAUGCUGGGCCGGGAAGCGGAAAUAAAACCCCUGAGCCAGGGAGGCCCAAGUGUCGAAAGAGAAAAUCCCAAGGGCGAAAGUCAUAG